UCGGAGUGAAAUUAUCGAAAAACGCUGUGUCGAGGCGCGCAUGUCUGCUUCGCGGGGUAAAAUAACAAAGGGCUGCAGAGCCUUGGACUUGGUCAGUCCGGCCAGAGAUUGCUCUCGGGGGUGGCAAGGAGUGCGUCCGUUAAGGGCGAAUGAUACAUGUGCGUUUGCGGGUCUUUAGCAUCGAUGCCGAGCCACAGCUGCUGAGGGAGACAAGGGGACGCCGCAAAGCCAGAGGCCGGCAACCGGACAGGAGGAGAGCCAGCUCGGAAGGUAUGUCCUCUGAGGCAGUGCUGUUGACGUGUCCAUCGUGCCGAGUGACCUCGCGGGUGUGCCUGAGCAGCCAGUCGUGCUGUCCGUACUGCGGCCACGAGUACGAGACAGACGGGGCCAUCUCCUUUUGGCGAAACUCGUCCGAGCAGAUGAACACGCUGCAUCUGCCGCGCAUCGAGCAGACAAGGCCCUCCAGGCUCGGCAACCUCACCAUCAGCAGGCUGGGCGGCGCCGUCCAGGUCACCAGAAUCGGCGCCCUCUUCCUGCGGCCCCCCUCACCCACCCUACCACCGAUUGGACAGGAUCCGAUGUCCGCAUGGACGCCUCGCGACCAAAACCCAAUUUCUCCUCGCAGCUACUCCGUUCACCAGCCCUCCGACUCUCCUGAGUCUCCGGUGAAUUAUUUUGGCAAGUCGGAAGACCUCACUUCUUUCUCCAGGGACCAGUUCUUGCAGGAGGUGAAGCGGGCGCACCAAAGUCUCAACUACCAGAGCCUUCAAAACUUUUACGCCAGGAUAUUUUCAUCGCACUCGGAACUCUGCUCCUUGAUUUCCGACGACAGUCACAGCACGGACUGCGGGAUAAAAUUAGAACUGCUCCACGCGAUCAACGACGCCCUCAGGGGAAUGCCUUCGAUUAUCCACAAAACGGUGCUCAAGUCAAUUAUCAAUUCGCUGCUGGAGGAUAGGCCAAGUCUGCGCUCCGAGGACGAGGCCAAAGCCUUGUUUGCACUUCUGCAGAGUCCGGUCUUCGCUGUGCAGAGGUCCUACACCAUUUUCGCGCACGUCCUCCGCAGGGCUGCCACUCUUCCGCCCCCUGAACGAGUUCUGCUGCCGCAUUACUUCAGACUUUUGGGAGGCGACCGUCUAAGAUCUGUGAUUCGGCACAUUGCGCAGUUUGUCGCCAUCCGGCAGUUUCCGCCCUCUGGCAAGGUUUUGCCUCCCCCGAGCAAGAGCAGGUGGUGGAUUCCGGCCGCCGCCAGGGUCCUCGCCCUCAUAAACGCGGCCAACGAGAGCUGCUCGCCGUCGCUGAUCCACUUCUCCGAGCUGUACAACAUGGCUCUGGACCACGUCGAUUUGCUGAAGGAGUAUUUUCUGUGGCAGAGCACGCCAAACAAGUUCAGCUACUGCCAAUUUCCCUUCAUGCUGAGCAUUGCUGCCAAAAGAUACAUCUUGACAAAAGAUUCAGAGCAGCAGAUGAUUUUGAAUGCGAGGCGUUCACUGGCUGCAAAAGUAUCGAGGAGGCACCCACCGCAAAUCGAUAUUUUCUUCCUGAACAUCAGAGUCCGAAGAUCACACUUGGUUUCCGACUCUUUAAAUGAAAUAGCGAGUAAGCAGGGUGAGCUGAAGAAGAAACUGAAGGUCAGUUUUCUUGGCGAGCCUGGAUUGGACAUGGGUGGCCUCACGAAGGAGUGGUUCCUCCUUUUGGUUCGGCAGAUUUUUGAGCCUGAUUACGGAAUGUUCGUGUACCACCGGCACUCGCGCUCCUACUGGUUCAGCACCGAGGAGGCGCUGGAACUGAACGAGGAGGAGCAGUUCGCGAUGGGCAACGCCGGCGACGAGGACCUGACUCAGGCGCCCGGACUGCGAGAGUACCAUUUGAUCGGCGUUCUCAUGGGACUCGCGGUGUACAACUCGACAAUAUUGGACCUCCACUUCCCAGCCGUGUGCUACAGAAAACUUCUUUCGCCGCCAAUUCCACCCCCACCAGGGGAUGAAUCUGUUCUGCUAGGGGUUGUGCAGCAACCUACAAUUGAAGACUUGGCGGAAAUCAUGCCCGAUGUGGCGAAAGGUCUGAGCGAGUUGCUGUCGUACGAGGGCAAUGUGCAGGAGGACAUGUGCAUGUUCUUCGAGGUGUCGCUGGAGGAGUAUGGCUCGGUGCGGACGUGGCCGCUGCGGCCAAACGGCGACAAGGUGCACGUGACCAACGAAAACAGGGAGGAAUUCGUGGCCCUUUACCUCGACUGGGUGCUCAACGCCUCGAUCUACAGGCAGUUCAGGGCCUUCUACCUUGGCUUCCACAGUGUGUGUGCCUCCAAUGCACUAAUUCUUCUUCGGCCGGAAGAGGUUGAAUUGCUAGUGUGCGGAUCUCCGACGGUGGAUUUGGCGGAAUUGAGGAAAGUCACUGAAUAUGAUGGAUUUCGCCCGGAUGAUUCAAUUAUCAGUAACCUGUGGGACGUGCUGGAAUCGUUGAAUCAAGACCUGCAGAGAAAAUUCCUGCUUUUCGUGACUGGUAGCGACCGCGUGCCCGUGGGGGGCACCGGAGAGAUGACCCUGAAGGUGACCAGGUCGAGCGGGAGCAUCGAAGACCUGCCAGAGGCGCACACCUGCUUCAACCAACUCGUGCUGCCUGCGUACCAAAGCAAGACGCAGCUUUCCAAAAAACUGACAAUUGCCAUUUCCAAUGCUGAAGGCUUUGGCCUCGAGUGACGUGUGUUU